CGUGACCAGGACCGUCUACCGUGUCCGGAAGUGUCGUGUCUUUGUGGAAAAAGCUCGGGUGUUUCAAUUUUUCUUUAUAUUUAAGAUAACCGUGGUUAUCUCGACUGGAAAGUGUUUGGUGUUUAAUUCCCAGCUCACGGCCAUAUGGGAGUGUUUGACCGCCGCCGUGUGCGGAGGAGGUGACGCCGCCAGAGAGUGAAGGUGUCAUGCCAGCUGUCUGGACGAGCUACCGGGCUAAGAGUCUGUCUGUUUACAGGCUCAUUUACUAACUUUUACGUUGGAACUGGAGCAGGAAACCAAGGCUAAACAUGCCUUGUUGCACACUCGAGCGUUAAGCGGACACGGUUACGGUUGUAAAUAAGUGCGAAGGACUUUUUGAGAGUAUAAAUACUGUAACUGUGUUGAACAUGGAUGAGAAAUACAGCAGUAAUGUGUUGUCCGGAGGGAAACUGGGCAUGGUGGAGGUGCCCGAGUCCAGGUUAACCAGGUACAUUGUGCUCUUGGUAUUCUCAAAGGUCGUCAAGGCUUUAGGGAUCUUUGAGUCAUAUGACAUCCUCAAAGUUGUUCACAUAGUUCAUUUCAUCUUCAUGUUAAGAUUAGGGACUGCUGUUGUUCUGCUUUUCUUUCAAAAGCCCUUUUCAUCUGGAAAAAUAAUCUCAAAAAGACAGUGGAUAAAAUUAGUAAAGCAUGCAAUUUGCAGUUGUGUCAUAUCCCUCCUGGGCUUCUUUGGUCUUACGCUCUGCGGACCUUUAAGGACCCUGUUGCUGUUUGAGCAUAGUGACGUGGUGGUCAUCGCCCUCCUCGGGGUUCUUUUCACAAAUUCUGGAGGAGGACCUUCCAAGACCAGAGGAGCUGCUUUUUUCAUCAUCGCUGUAAUCUGCCUCUUCCUCUUCGACAACGAUGACCUCAUGGCUAAAAUGGCAGAGCACCCUGAGGGACAUCAUGACAGUGCUCUGACUCAUUUCCUCUACACUGCAAUUUCCUUUUUAGGUGUUGCAGAUCACAAAGGUGGUGUUGUGCUGCUGGUGGUGUCACUUUGUCUGAAAGUAGCCUUCCACACUGCUUCCCGGAAGUUAUCUGUUGAAAUCGGUGGUGCCAAACGUCUUUAUGCUCUCGACAACCUGGUUUCGGCCAUUGUGCUGCUGCCCUGGGUGGUCGUACUGUCAGUAACCACAGAAAGCAAAGUAGAGUCGUGGUCAUCUCUCAUUCUUCCAUUUGGAAUGAUCAUCUUCUCCGUGAUGAUCCUGGACUUUUACGUGGAGGCCACCUGCACCACAAAGAUGGAUGUGUCAAGGUGCGCCUGCUACGGCACCAUCUUCCUCUUCCUCAGCGCCUUGCUGCUCGCCAACUUCUGGACUCACCCGCUGACCGACCAGCUCCGCUCUAUGAGCAAACCGCCGCAGGAGGUCAGCACAGAGCAUGUGCUCUCCGGUGGAGUCAUAGUCAGCGCCGUCUUCUUCAUUAUGUCUUCCAGCAUCCUCUCGUCUCCAUCAAGGAAAGGUCAAAAAGGCACCCUGGUGGGUUAUUCUCCUGAAGGGACUCCUCUGUACAAUUUCAUGGGCGAUGCCCUGCAGCACACGUCACAAUCUAUGCCAAGAUUCAUCAAAGAUUCACUGAAGCAAAUCCUAGACGAGUACGACUCCAGACAAAUCUUCUACUUCCUAUGUCUCAACCUGGCUUUCACGUUUGUGGAGCUCUUUUAUGGCGUUUGGACCAACAGCCUGGGACUUAUCUCUGACGGCUUCCACAUGUUGUUUGACUGCUCUGCUCUCGUCCUGGGCCUGUUUGCUGCCCUCAUGACCCGCUGGAAAGCCACCAGGAUCUUCUCCUAUGGGUACGGGCGAGUUGAGAUCCUUUCUGGAUUCAUCAACGGCCUGUUUCUUAUGGUCAUUGCCUUCUUUGUGUUUAUGGAAUCAGUCACCCGUUUGUUGGAUCCUCCUAAUAUAAACACAGACAUGCUGACUCCGGUGUCUGUCGGUGGUUUAUUGGUCAACCUGGUGGGUAUUUGUGCCUUCAGUCACGCUCACGCUCACGCCCACGGUGGGAAAAGCUGCUCAUCACAUGACCACGGCCACUCGCACCACGGACACUCGCACAGCGAGCACGGACACGGAGGUCACGGAGGCCACGGACACUCUCAUGGAGGGCACGGACACGGAGGACACGGUGGACACGGUGGACACGGUCACUCCCAUGGCUCAGCAGGCGGAGGCAUGAACGCCAAUAUGAGAGGCGUCUUCCUCCAUGUCCUGGCUGACACUUUGGGCAGCGUCGGCGUCAUCAUCUCCACCAUCCUCAUCCGUCAGUUUGGUUGGCUGAUCGCAGAUCCGAUAUGCUCGCUCUUCAUUGCCACACUCAUCUUUCUCAGCGUUAUCCCUCUGCUGAAGGAAGCAUGUGAGGUUCUUCUUCUACGAACUCCCCCAGAACAAGAAAAAGACCUGAACAGCGCGCUGGAAAAGAUUGAGAAGAUUGAAGGAGUGCUGUCGUACCGAGACCCUCACUUCUGGAGGCAUUCUGCAAACAUGAUCGGCGGGACCAUCCACCUCCAGGUGAUGCCAGAUGUGGUGGAGCAGCGGAUCGUUCAGCAGGUGACUUCCAUUCUGAAAGAUGCAGGGGUGAAUAAUCUGUCGGUCCAGGUGGAGAAGGAGGCGUACUUUCAGCACAUGUCUGGACUCAGCACCGGAUUUCAUGAAGUUCUGUCGAUGACGCAGCAGAUGGAGUCGAUGAAAUACCUGAACGAUGGGACGUGCAUCAUGUAAUGUUCAUUUAGUGGGACCAAAUUAAACUCUUCCCGUUUUUUUUGUUUUUUUUUUCAUUGAAAUGUACAGUUUAUGUAUGUGACUUAAAUAAAUCUGAAUAUAUUGGU